AAUCCAGAUAGCAAGCUACAACAAGCAAGCUAGGUUCAUUGUUUUUUGUUUUGCGCAUUAUUCUGUGAAUACAUUGUGAAGAUGAUGUCGAGCGUUGAGUACCAGAAUCGGGGCGGUUUUAGAGUUUGGGCGCCAUUUUCGCUCAACAAUGCGUUUAUCAUUCGGAGCGCCCGCUACCAGAAGCUCCCUGAACAGCCGCUCCAGCUCUCUGUUCUCAAAUUGGAUGGCUCUUCCUUUUGUGUUAAUGUUGCGAGGAAUGCUACAGUGGCGGAACUGAAACUGGCUAUUCAGCGAGUUUUCGACGUUUCGUGCGAGGGUGAAGGCAAAGUUUUGUGGUCACUUGUAUGGAGUCACUUCUGUUUAUGCUAUGAAUCCCAGAAGCUUACAAAUGACAAGGCUUGUAUUCGAAACUUUGGAAUCAGAGAUGGUGAUCAGGUUCAAUUUGUGCGACAGAUGAUGAUUGAAACAGCCGAAUAUGAAACAGCUAAACAAUCCCAAAGUGAGAGCAAUCACCCUGACAAAUACUCAGUGAUCAAUAUCUGUGAAGCUGAUGAAAAUGAUAGUGCCUGUCCUAGCAAUCAACAAACUACUUAUUUUGAGAUUGAGGAAGAGAAGCGGGAGGAGGAGGCAAUAUCUAAUUCUGAGUUCAAUUUGGCUCAGUUUGUGAAAGGAUGGUUAGCACAUCCAAAAUUUUGGUAUUCAAAAGGCAAAGGAUUGCGAGAAAGCAACCGCCCUUCAAUGUUUCCCUUUCACUGCGUUAGAUCUUGAGGAUUCUGAAACCGGUAGUAGUAAUUGGUGGAAUUAUCAUCUUCUAACACAGCAUGACAGCUGUGCAGUGCCAAUGAAUAUCAUUUGUGCACACAUUUAGAUUGCAGCAUUCUGAGUAGUUCAGUAUCGGGUGGAAUUAGCAUCUUAUAAACACAGCUUCACAGCUGUGGAGUGCCAAUGAAUAUCAUUUGUGCACACAUUUAGAUUGCAGCAUUCUUAGUAGUUGAAUUUAAAUAAAAUUCAUGUAAUGGGAUGAACAUGCGAGUUCAAGAUGUAUCGAUAUCCCAGCUGCAUCCUCUCUC